AUGGCUUCUCGGUACGACAGGGCAAUCACCGUCUUCUCUCCGGACGGACACCUUUUCCAAGUGGAGUAUGCUCAGGAAGCUGUGAAGAAAGGCUCCACCGCGGUUGGAAUUCGAGGAACUAAUAUAGUUGUGCUUGGGGUAGAAAAAAAAUCAGUGGCCAAACUUCAAGAUGAAAGAACUGUGAGAAAAAUAUGUGCUCUCGAUGACCAUGUCUGCAUGGCUUUUGCGGGUAUUGUUGACAAUUUCGCAGGUCUGACGGCUGAUGCUCGGGUGGUUAUAAACAGAGCACGGGUGGAGUGCCAGAGCCAUAAGCUUACUGUGGAGGACCCAGUCACCGUGGAGUACAUAACGCGCUUCAUAGCGACGUUGAAGCAGAAAUAUACACAGAGCAAUGGACGAAGACCUUUUGGUAUUUCAGCCUUAAUUGUAGGAUUUGAUGACGAUGGAAUCCCAAGAUUGUAUCAGACAGAUCCCUCCGGAACUUACCAUGCUUGGAAGGCAAAUGCAAUAGGCCGGAGUGCUAAAACUGUUCGGGAAUUUCUAGAAAAGAAUUACACAGAAGAGGCUAUUUCUAAUGACAGUGAAGCUAUCAAACUAGCAAUAAAAGCUUUGCUAGAAGUUGUCCAGUCUGGUGGAAAGAACAUUGAACUGGCUAUAAUCAGAAGAGAUCAACCUUUGAAGAUGUUUAGUGCCAAAGAAAUUGAAUUGCAGGUGACUGAAAUAGAAAAAGAAAAGGAGGAAGCAGAGAAGAAAAAAUCAAAGAAGUCAACCUAGUUGUUGGGAUGAGCUCUGGAUUUGUUUGGAUUAGAAUUUCUUCCUGAGGUUUUAGAAGAAAUGUCAGUUGGAACCAUAUGUUUUCAUAUGUCUGUUUUCAAGAGUGUUAGGUUUGAAGUUGUCUGCACACAUAGGUUAAUGUGAAGAUUUUCCUUAAAACUCCUCAAUUUCACACAAGCCUGAGACUAUACUGUGACACUAGACCAAUAUGUUGCUUUUCUUCAUAAAAGCAAAUUCCUGAAAAGAAGAUGAUUUUAAAAGUUGGUAAUUUUUUGAAGUUCAUGUCUUCCUCAUUGUUAGUUAAGGAACUAAUCAUUUCAAAAUAAACCGAGUGCAGCGCUGAGCUCCAUUUUUUGAUGAAUGGUGAGAACAUCAAUGUGCUGUGAAGUGUCAGCCAUGGGACAAAAAUCUCUGUGUGCUGACCCAGGAGGCUGAGGCAGGGGGAUUGCAAGUUAGACUGUGUGAUAGUUUUAAGAAUAUAGUGACAAAAAUAAACUCAGUUUGUCAGUUUUUCUUUUUUAAGACUGGGUCUCAUUUAGCCCAGGCUGGCCUCAAACACCUCAUGUUGAUGUGGGAUGCCCUUCUGCUCACUGUGAGUGUGUUUUAUUACCACUGGUUAAUAAAGAAGAUGAUCUGGUCAAUUGCCAGGUAGAAUAGAGCCAGGAAGGAAAUCUAAGCAAAGAUAAAGGGAAAAAGAAGGUAGAGUCUGGGAGAUGCCAGCAGCUGCUAGAGAAGCAAGAUGUGAGGUAACACUAUGGCCAUGUGGGAAUAUAUAGAUUAUUAGAAAAGGAUUAAUUUAUACAUAAGGGCUAGCCAGUAAGAAACCUGAGCCACUGGCUAAGCAAUUAUAAUUAAUAUUAAGCUUUAGAGUGGUUAUUCAGGGACUGGCAGGCAGGAGAGAAACUUCUAUCUACAAAUGGUGCCAAAACGGGACAUGUACAUCUGCAUAAAGCCUGAGAAAGCUUAAAAACAUGGAUGCUAGAGGCUGGAGAGAUGGCUCAGCAGUUAAGAAUGCUGACUGCUCUUCCAGAGACACUGAGUUCACAAUUCCCACCAACUAUGUGGUGGCUCACAACCAGCUGUAAUGAGAUCCCAUGCCCCCUUCUGUCUUGCAGGCAUACAUGCAGACAGAACACUGUAUACAAAUAAAUAAAAAAAAUUAUUAUAGACAUACAAAACAGACUCAGAAACGACUUCUUUAUGGUCAUAUUUUUCAGAUAGGCUCUGGUUGCUGGCAGCAAACAGAAAUAAAGCUUCUUUAAGAGACGACUUCCUGGUUUGUGCUGUCAGCAAGAGGGCUCUUUUGGGAGACCAUGCUUUGGAGCACUUGAAUGAGGGUUGUGGGCAGUGUGCUGCAAGUUACGUGGUGUCAGCGAGGACCCAGUGUUUCCCAGAGGUGGGAGUAAACACAGCUCCCACGUACCUCCACCGUGAAGCAACACUGAGCAGGGUGGAACCAACAGCCAAAGAAGCCGCUCUGGUCCUAGCCACACCCACUUUACAGUUUAAAGCCGUCAUCAAAAAUGGAUUACAGAUAUGCAAUAAAGACAGAUUCAGACAAAAAUAAACCUCUAAAUGGGUCACCAUGUGUUUAAAAAAAUGUACAGAGACUCAAGAAAAAAAGAAAAUGGGCAUAGGCAGUUUAGUUAUAGAAUAGGCAGUUACAGAAAGAAAUAGUUAAAAAAAAUAAAGUAGCUAAAUGGUGGUGGUGCA